AUGGAUGUCAAUUCGUACUCAGGAAGCGAUCAACUCAUUCAUGAUGAUCUCAACGUUCAACAAAUAGAUGCUGACGAAGAUUUGCUGGAAGAAUUUCCUGAUGACACAGAGGUGAUCGACUUGGUGCAAUCGCGAAUCACCAGUAUUAAAGCCUUGGGACUUGAAAGAUUCCAUCGGCUUGAUAGCUUAUGUCUUCGACAAAACCAAAUAAGGAAAAUUGAAUGUUUACCGAAGAAUCUCACAGAGCUAGAUUUAUACGACAACCUGCUUCGUCAGAUCGAGAACCUAGACGAGCAAGUUCACCUAAAAAACUUGGAUUUAUCAUUUAACAAUAUAAAAGUAAUCGAAAAUGUAAGCCACUUGAAAGAGCUAGAAAAUCUGUAUUUCGUUCAGAACCGAAUUCGCAAAAUCGAAAACUUGGAGGGAUUAACAAAGCUCGAGAAUUUGGAGUUAGGCGGAAACAAAAUUCGCGCGAUUGAAAACUUAGACACUUUGACAAACAUCGACAAGCUUUGGCUUGGUAAAAAUAAGAUUACCAAGUUGGAAAACCUGGAAAAACUUCAGCGACUUUCUCUUUUAUCUAUUCAAGCCAAUAGAAUCACUAGAUUCGAGAAUUUGAAUUGCUUGUCUCAUUGUCUUCGUGAAUUGUACAUUUCACAUAAUGGCCUUACUUCUUUUGAAGGCAUCGAAGUCCUGGAAAACUUACAAGUUCUUGACGUCUCCAAUAACUAUAUUAAGCAUCUUUCUCACUUGAAAGGAUUAAAAAAUUUACAAGAGUUCUGGGCGAGUAGCAAUGAAUUUGAUUCAUUCCAGGAAAUUGAGGACGAACUCAGUGGAUUGGAGAAACUUGAGACCGUUUAUUUUGAGGGUAAUCCACUUCAAAAAUCUAAUCCUGCCCUAUAUAGAAACAAAGUUCGGCUUUGUCUACCUAACCUUCUUCAAAUUGAUGCUACACCUACGCGGUAA